GCACAGCACAGCAGUCAGUGGAGUAGUGGAGAGCUGGAACUUACUAACCACACGGACUGUCAGAGGAACACUACACUUUUAUUUCAGUUUCCCUUUGUCUCUCUCUUUCAUUCCCUCUCUCCGGCUUAUCAGCAGAGGAAGGAAUUCUGCAACAGCCCACGACUGAGGUCAGGGGGAAAGCGUCGUUUUGUUUUUUUCUUUUGUCCUCUCGUACUCUUUCUCUCUCUCUCACACACACACACAGUCUCGGCUUGCACAGCGUCUAGUUUGUAGCCUGCAGAGGGGCGCAGGUGGCAGGCGUGUGUGUGAGUGUGUCCGUGUGUGUGAGCAGCCAGCGUUUAGAAGAUGAGCGCCACUAGAGGAAACAUGUUGCGCUCAGGGACUCCCAGCUCCGUUACCACGGUCGCAGACGUUCCGGAACAUCAGAAUGAGAGGAUUACCCAGCGGCUCAGACUGACCCUGCAUCCUGGAGGAUCCCCCAAUGGGCAGAGAGACACCAGGGGCAAAACAACACAGACAAGUUGAGCUGAUAGGAGACUGAUAUUGAACGAUAAAGCAGUUAAUGGCACCUGGAAGAGGAAUGGCUUCAUCCGGGAACGGCCAGCAGGGAGGGAGUCACCAGUGGACAAGGAGGAGCACCACGGAGGGCUGUCCAAUGGGACAUCUCGGGAGGCGGGGCUUGCGUCCGGGCCCAAGGUGUAUGGGGUGGUUCAGAGUAACGGCGACACCCAGGAGCAGGAAGUGAUGGCGCGAGAGUGGCCUGUCAAUCACCUACGGGACGAGAUGAAGUACUUCAGAGAGGUGCGUGACUCACUGGAGAAGGUGAGGGAGAAGAUGUACGGGCAGUUCGGAGGGAUGCAGCAGUCUGUGGAGAAGCUUUCCAGAGAGAUCAAGGCUGCUAACUCACACAGGCGUAAUCUGGAGUCGGAGGUGCGGGUACGAACAGCAGCACUGGACAACUUUGACCAGAUGAACAGCAACCUCAUCUCUGCAAACAUCGGCCUGCAGAAAACUCUCCUGGAGAGCUGUCAUGACCGCGUUGGCACUCGCGAGGCGUUGAGAAGUGUGAGGGGCUCACAGGAGAGAGCUGAAGAAAGACUGAGAGAGAAAGAACGCCAGCUAGCUGCAGCUCAGGAUGAGAACCGCACACUCAAACGCCAGGUGGAGGUGUCUCAGGAGGCCAGUGCACAGGCUCUGAAGGACAUGAGCGCUAAACUGCAGCAGCAGUAUGAUCAACGCCUGCAGGAGGAACAACGCAAACACAGAGAGGAGAUCGAGGCCCUACAGGCUCAGAUAGAUGUCUAUGUGAAACGCAUUGAGGAGCUGGAGAAGAAUGCCAGGAUUGCUGAGGCCAAGAUCGCAGAGAGGGAGCAGAGGGUCAGCGAGUUAGAGCGACUAAUGGACUGCAUGGGGGUGGAGAAGAACCAGCUGAUGCAGAAACUGAGGGACACUGAGCACCGUCUGCAGCAGCUGGACCAGGUGGACCACAGAGAACCCACCGUCACCAAGAGAGCGGAGCAGCUGCAGGAGGAGGUGUCUGAGCUGAGGGAGAGGAUCAAACACCUGAAUGACAUGGUCUUCUGCCAACAACGCAAAGUCAAGGGCAUGAUUGAGGAGGUUGAACAGCUACGGUCUAAAGUGGCUCAGAAGGACAUGUUUAUUUCUGAGUUGCUGGACCGGCUUGCCAUUGUGGAGUGUGAGAGUAAUGAGCUAGAAGACAAGCUCAAGUAUUUUAUGUCUGUACAGAACACGUCUGAGAAAGACAAACCUCAUAGCAGAGACAUUGGAGUGGCCUGUGACUUCCCUGUAGCAAGAUCAGACCCCCCACCCCCUCCCCCACCACAGCAAGAGUUCCAGCCGCUGCAGUCCUACACCCCCAGACCCGCCCCCCUCCCCAGACCUGCCUGGACCGGGCCGUUAGCCUCCAGCAGCCGAUUGAGCAACUCCCUGCUCCGCUUCUCCCCGGGCCAGUACAGUCACUACCUCCAUAACUCUCCCUCCAUCCUCCGAGAUGAGACCGACUCCUCCACCUUAUCCCGCUCCUCGACCGGCGUCCAGACCUCCUCGACGGUCUCCCCCAGCCCUGAGGACCCCCCCUCUUUCUCCUACUCCCCCAUAGCCAGGACUGCCCCCUCCCAAGUAUACACACCUUUCAUGAAACUCAUGGAGAUCUCAUCCAAGCUCAACAUUGAGUAGGACCAGGAGACCGGACAUAAAGUGCAUGAACACCAGGGCUUUGAACUGAAUGGGCAGCUAGAGGACCAUGAGGAACAAAUCCGCUGAAUUUGACAAAAAGAGUGUUGAAUUAGAAUGACGGACUGCGCCUUUAAAUAGACCAUGUUGUCAUUAAAUAAAAAUGAUAUUUGGAGCAAUGCAAACCUUGAUUAAAUACCAGUAAAUACCAUGUGUAAAUACCUGUGUAUCAUGUUGUAAAUAGUCUAUUACUAUACGCUUAACUUAUUUUCUUCCUGCACAUUCUGUUGUUGUUACUUUGUUUACGAUGAAGGAAAUACGCGGUUUGAAGGAUCAGUAAACAUUUUACAGCUUCAUAUUUAUAUACACAUUUUCUUAUUCUAGUCUUUACUUUUGCUGAAGACCAUUGUUUCUGAACUUAUUAAAAAUGCAUAAUUUUGUAUACCUCAAUAUUUGCAUAUAUUUAUAUGGUAUAUGUUAAAUACUAAUUCUGCUUUGUUUAUGUUAUGGCGGAUGAUUAUGAAGGCCACACAACCUCCAUAGGGAAAGCCCACAUAAUUAUUUGUACUGCCACAUAUGUGCCAAUUGUGCAGGGUUGUUUCUCUGUUUAUUUUACACUGCCAGGGCUGUGACACAACUCAAAGGAUUUGGAGCAAAAUAACGUGCCUUUCUCCUGAAGUCUAAUGUGGCAAAUCAUCUUACUGUAAAGAUUCACUUCCAUUAAAAAAGUAAUUAAAAAGAUCACAUGUGACAACUCA